AUGGUGCUACAAAACAGCGGACGAUUCAAAGCUGAACGAGGAGGACAAAGUGGCGAUCAGGAGAACCAGGAUGAUGGAUCGUCUAUGUCAGCUCUUAAGAGGCUGGAGCACAGCCAGUUUACAGACGAAAUGGAUUCUCGUUUUGGAUUCGACAGAUUUCAAGAACCUGGAGAGAAGACUGGCUGGCUUAUUAACAUGCAUCCUACUGAGAUCCUCGAUGAAGAUAAACGGCUAGUUAGUGCAGUCGACUAUUAUUUCAUUCAAGAAGAUGGAAGCAGGUUUAAGGUUGCCCUUCCUUUCAAACCAUAUUUUUAUGUGGCAACAAAAAAGAAUUGCGAGAGAGAAGUUAUCUCUUACCUAUCAAAGAAGUUUCAAGGAAAAGUGACAAAGCUGGAAAUGGUCCUCAAAGAAGACCUAGACUUGCCAAAUCACUUGGUUGGUCUUAAAAGAAAUUACAUCAAACUUGCCUUCAACACGAUGGAUGACCUUAACAAAGUAAAACGGGAAAUUGCACCUGCAGUGCGAAAAAAUCGAGAGAAAGAGCAGUCCAAUGAUGCAUACACCUCAAUGUUAUCAAGUGCUUUAGCAGGUGGCAAUGUGAUGUCUGUGGAUGACGAAGCAACGGCCAAAAGUAUUUCAGAACAAUUGGACAACAUAAUAGAUAUGAGAGAGUAUGAUGUGCCCUUCCAUGUGCGUGUGUCAAUUGACCUAAAGAUCCAUGUGGCUCACUGGUACAACGUUCGAUACAGAGGUAGCUCCUACCCUCCCGAGAUCUUACGAAGAGAUGACCUUGUUGAGCGUCCAGACCCAGUAGUGUUGGCUUUUGACAUAGAGACCACAAAACUUCCACUUAAAUUUCCAGAUGCUGAGACUGAUCAAAUUAUGAUGAUUUCUUAUAUGAUUGAUGGUCAAGGUUUUUUAAUCACAAACCGAGAGAUUGUCUCUGAAAACAUAGAAGAUUUUGAAUUCACUCCUAAACCAGAAUAUGAAGGUCCCUUUACAAUAUUCAAUGAAGAUGAUGAGGUUGCCCUUCUUAAACGCUGGUUUGACCAUGUUCAAGAGACCAAACCAAAUAUUUUUGUAACCUACAAUGGAGACUAUUUUGAUUGGCCUUUUGUGGAAACACGAGCUUCCCUUCAUGGACUCAAUAUGCACAGAGAAAUUGGAUUUCAGAAGGAUAGCCAAGGGGAAUACAAGUCUACCCAAGCCAUCCACAUGGACUGCUUAAAAUGGGUAAAAAGAGACAGUUACUUGCCUGUUGGAAGUCAUAAUUUAAAGGCAGCUGCCAAGGCAAAACUGAGCUAUGACCCUGUUGAGUUGGACCCAGAGGAAAUGUGUCGAAUGGCAACUGAGGAACCUCAAACUUUAGCCACUUACUCAGUUUCUGAUGCUGUUGCUACUUACUACCUCUACAUGAAAUAUGUUCACCCUUUUAUUUUUGCACUGUGCACAAUCAUUCCAAUGGAACCAGAUGAGGUUCUGCGAAAGGGUUCUGGGACACUAUGUGAAGCCCUAUUAAUGGUCCAAGCCUUCCAUGCCAAUAUCAUUUUCCCAAACAAGCAAGAGCAAGUGUUUAACAAACUGACUGAUGACGGUCAUGUUUUGGACUCCGAGACAUAUGUAGGCGGUCAUGUGGAGGCGCUUGAGUCCGGGGUAUUCCGCAGUGACAUUCCCUGUCGCUUUAAAAUGAACCCAGCAGCCUUUGACUUCUUGUGUCAGAGAGUUGAGCUCACAAUGCGUCAUGCCAUUGAAGAAGAAGAGAAUAUCCCUUUGGAACAAGUUACUAACUUUAAUGAGGUGUGCGAUGACAUAAAAACAAAGUUAACGUCCCUUAAAGAAGUUCCAAAUAGGAUCGAGUGCCCACUUAUUUACCAUCUGGACGUUGGUGCCAUGUAUCCAAAUAUUAUUUUGACCAACCGUCUCCAGCCAUCUGCAAUGGUUGAUGAAGCCACUUGUGCUGCUUGUGACUUUAAUAAACCUGGAGCUACUUGUCAGAGGAGGAUGACUUGGAAAUGGAGAGGAGAAAUCAUGCCCGCCAGUCGCAGUGAAUUCCACCGUAUUCAGCAGCAGCUGGAGUCUGAGAAAUUUCCUCCUUUUUUCCCCAAUGGUCCUCCUCGAGCAUUUCACUCAUUGAAUCGCGAGGAUCAAGCUAAGCAUGAGAAGAAACGAUUGGCAGAUUAUUGUAAAAGGGCCUAUAAGAAAGUCCAUGUCACCAGACUUGAGGAGAGAGUCACAACUAUUUGUCAAAGGGAGAACUCCUUCUACGUUGAUACAGUGAGAGCUUUCAGAGAUCGACGUUAUGACUUCAAAGGACUUCACAAGGUCUGGAAGAAAAAACUGUCGGCAGCCCAGGACAGUGGUGACGCUGCUGAAGUAAAGCGUUGUAAGAACAUGGAGAUUCUUUAUGAGUCUUUGCAGUUGGCCCACAAGUGUAUUCUCAACUCUUUCUAUGGAUAUGUAAUGAGGAAAGGGGCACGCUGGUACUCCAUGGAGAUGGCCGGCAUUGUUUGUCAUACUGGAGCGAACAUAAUCACACAGGCCCGAGAACUCAUCGAACAAAUCGGAAGACCACUUGAGUUGGACACAGAUGGUAUCUGGUGUGUUCUUCCAAACACUUUUCCAGAGAACUUUGUAGUGAGGACGAGCAAUGAGAAGAGGCCAAAGGUGACGAUCUCAUACCCUGGGGCCAUGCUGAAUAUUCUUGUAAAGGAAGGAUUCACAAAUAACCAAUACCAUGAACUGGUUGAGCCCUUGUCUCUCACGUACAACAUUAAAUCCGAGAACAGCAUCUUCUUUGAGGUGGAUGGACCGUAUCUGGCCAUGAUCUUGCCUGCCUCUAAAGAGGAGGGUAAAAAACUAAAGAAAAGGUAUGCUGUGUUUAAUGAAGAUGGUUCCCUGGCUGAGCUCAAAGGCUUUGAAGUAAAGAGAAGAGGAGAACUGCAGCUCAUUAAGAUUUUUCAGUCAUCAGUUUUUGAGGCUUUUCUGAAAGGUACCAAUCUGGAUGAGGUUUAUGCAUCUGUGGCUAAAGUGGCAGAUUACUGGCUGGAUGUACUCUACAGCAAGGCUGCUAAUAUGCCAGACGCAGAGUUAUUUGAUCUGAUUUCUGAGAAUCGAUCAAUGUCAAAAAAGCUGGAGGACUAUGGGGAACAGAAGUCAACCUCAAUCAGCACAGCAAAACGUCUAGCUGAGUUUCUGGGAGAUCAAAUGGUGAAGGAUGCUGGCUUGAGCUGCAGAUUUGUAAUUUCUCGAAAACCAGAAGGAUCACCAGUUACGGAGAGAGCAAUCCCUCUAGCUAUUUUUCAAGCUGAACCCAGUGUGAAAAAACAUUUCCUUCGAAAAUGGUUAAAAAUGCCCAGUUUGCAUGACCUGGACAUUCGAUCGAUUGUUGACUGGAGCUACUACAUAGAAAGAUUGGGCAGUGCUAUCCAGAAAAUCAUCACAAUCCCAGCAGCUCUCCAACAGGUAAAGAAUCCUGUACCAAGAGUCAGGCAUCCUGACUGGCUCCAUAAAAAGCUUCUAGAAAAAAAUGACAUCUACAAACAAAAGAAAAUCAGUGAGCUAUUUACAAGUGAAGGAAAGCGGCAGGUGGCUCAUCAGGCCCUUGACAAAGGAUCCACUGCUGACAUUGAGGAUUUUGGAAUUCCAAAACCCAUACAACCAGCCAUUCUAAUCAGCACAAAGAGGAAACGGCCUUCUCAGGGAGAGGACAGCCAGAUGACGUCUCAGGACCUGGAGCUCACACAGUCCUGGAGAGAGAUACUGGGUCCUCCUCCAUCCAUGGGAUCCACAAAAGAACAGCAUCUAGUUUGGCUGCGAUACCAUAAGAAGAAGUGGGAGCUGCAGCUGAGACAGAGGAAGGAGAGGAAGAAGAAAAGGAGACUGUUGGAUGGUGAAGUUCAGAUGACAGGUGCAGGUGUGAUCAGAGAUGGACCCGCCACUGGACUCGGAAGUUUUCUGAGAAGAACAGCUCGAAGCAUCUUAGACAUGCCUUGGCAGAUUGUGCAGAUUGCAGAAACUAGUCACCCUGGCCUGUAUAAGCUCUGGGCAGUGAUAGGGAAUGACCUUCACUGCAUGAAGCUUAACAUCCCCCGGGUUUUUUAUGUUAACCAGAAAGUUCCAAAACAGGAAGAGGGUACCACCUAUAAAAAGGUGAACCGCAUGCUUCCACGCUCCAACAUGGUGUACUACCUUUAUGAGUACACUGUACCAGAAGAUAUGUACCAGGAGCACAUCAAUGAAAUAAAUGCUGACCUGUCUGCACCAGAUAUUGAGGGAGUCUAUGAAACACAGGUCCCACUGUUGUUUCGAGCGUUGGUGCAGCUUGGUUGCGUUUCUAUGGUAAAUAAGCAUGUAGUGCGGGACUUGGCGGGCAGAGAGGCUGACACUUAUGACCUUGAUCAUCUGGAAAUGAGAUCUUUGGCACAGUUCAGCUACCUUGAACCAGGGAGCGUUCGUCACAUGUACCUGUAUCAUCACAGCCAGGGCCAAAAGGCUCUCUUUGGUCUUUUCAUCCCAUCUCAGCGCAAAGCUAGUAUUUUCAUCUUGGAUACUGUUCGAAGCAAUCAGAUGCCCAGCCUUAAUAACUUGUACAGUGCAGAGCGCACUGCACUCCUUGAGAAAACAACAGAGGAGCUCCUCCCUCCAGAGAAACAUAACUUUGAAGUGCGAGCUGAAAGUGAUGUCAAGUCCAUAUAUCGUGCUCUGCAGCGUAUAUUGUUAAACUACAAGGAUGAACGCCGCGGGCCUACACUCAUUGCAGUCCAGUCUAACUGGGAGGUGCGGCGGCUAGCUGCUGGGAUGUCUGUGCUGGAGGAGUUCCCUGUUGUUCCAGUCCAUGUCAUUGAUGAGAUCAACUACAACGUCCUGGACUGGCAGAGGCACGGAGCACGACGCAUGAUUCGCCAUUAUCUCAAUCUGGACAGCUGUCUGUCACAGGCCUUUGACAUGGCAAGGUAUUACCAUUUGCCAGUAGGAAACCUGCCUCAAGACAUCUCCAUUUUUGGAUCUGACUUGUUCUUGGCAAGACACCUUCGAAAGCACAACCACUUGUUGUGGCUUUCACCCACCUCCAGACCCGAUCUUGGAGGGAAAGAGGCUGACGACAGCCGCCUGGUCAUGGAAAGUGAUGACAGGAGUUCUAUUGAAAUAAAUGCUCAAGGGUGCUAUUCCACAGUUUGUGUGGAGCUUGAUCUGCAAAGCUUAGCAGUCAACACAAUCCUCCAAUCACAGCAUGUAAAUGAUAUGGAGGGUGGGGCCAGUCUUGGUGUAAGUUUUGAUGUGAUACAACAGGCAUCUUUGGAAGACAUGAUGUCUGGAAACCAAGGAACAAGUGCAUUGGCGAGCUACGACGAGACCGCUCUUUGCUCGAACACUUUCAGGAUCUUGAAGAGUAUGGUGGUGGGAUGGGUCAGAGAGAUCACACAGUACCAGAAUGUGUACGCAGACAACCAGGUGAUGCACUUCUAUCGUUGGCUGCGCUCUCCCAGCUCCCUGCUCUAUGAUCCUGCUCUGCACCGCACACUGAACAACAUGAUGAAGAAGGUUUUUCUCCAGUUGAUUGCUGAGUUCAAACGCCUUGGUUCUACUGUUGUGUAUGGAAAUUUCAACCGAAUUAUCUUGUGCACAAAAAAGCGGAGAAUUGAUGAUGCCAUUGGUUACAUCGAUUAUAUAACCAAAAGCAUUCACUCCAGAGAAAUCUUUCACUCAUUAUCAAUUUCAUUUGCUCGAUGUUGGGAAUUUUUGAUGUGGAUGGACCCAGCCAAUUAUGGGGGAAUAAAGGGCAAGUUGCCCUCAAACUUCUUGUUUGGCGAGGGGGGGACUAAGCAAACCAAAGCAGAAAAACAAGGAGAAGAUGACAGUGAUGUUGACGAGGAGGAAGUGGAGGAGGAGGAGGCGGAUGUAGAGGCGGAUGAGGUUGAAGAUCUGAUUGAGAGCAACUGGAACAUAAUGCAGUACUUGCCACAAACCGCCUCCUGUCAGAAAUAUUUUCUGAUGAUUGUCUCUGCCUACAUUGCGGCCGUUUAUCACAGCAUGAAAGAGGAGAUCCGGCGUAAUGCCCCUGGAGCCACACCAAUAAAGCGACGCGGUGGAAGUCAAGUUACACAACAAACAGUUGGGGAGUUGAGUGCUCUUCCUGGAACCAUUUCUUUCUCUCAAGAAUAUGUGUCUGGCGAGCUGACACAGAACAUUUUUACCAUCACUCAAAAAAUAAAAAAUAAAGUGACAGGAACCAGAAGUGUGACCCAGCCAUCAGAGAUGUUCCCAGUCCUACCUGGUUCUUACCUGCCACUUAAUAACCCAGCUCUUGAAUUUAUUAAAUACGUCUGCCAGGUGCUAUCAUUGGAUCCCAACAUCACCAACCAAAUGAACAAAUUAAAACGAGAUCUCCUCCGUCUUGUAGACGUGGGAGAAUUUUCUGAUGACGCCCAGUUUUGUGACCCAUGUCAGUCCUAUGUGCUUCCUGAAGUAAUUUGCCAUCACUGCAAUUUCUGUCGAGACCUUGACCUCUGCAAGGAUCCUUCAAUAGCACAAGAUGGGUCGGUUCUGCCACAGUGGUUUUGCUCGAACUGCCAGGCACAGUACGAGACAGAAUCCAUAGAGAUGGCACUGGUGGAAGCUCUGCAGAAAAAACUCAUGAGCUACACAUUGCAAGACCUGGUUUGCAGUAAAUGUAAAGGGGUGAAGGAAGCAAACAUGCCUCUAUAUUGUAGAUGUGCGGGUGAUUUUGAACUCACAUUCUCAACAAAGAGUUUCUCAGAGCAGAUCACAGUAUUUCAAAACAUUGCGUCCCACUACAAUAUGAGCUUCUUGGGUGAGACCAUCGAAUGGCUGCUUGCUAUGACUCCGCAUUUGAGUCAAAAGACUCGCUAA